AUGGUCACAGGCUACAGAAUCGAGGUCGCACCAACAGCUAGAGCGGGCUGUAAUGGGCCCAAGCCGUGCAAAACUACCAAGAUCCAGAAGGGGGAACUGAGACUUGGGACGUGGGUCGAGAUCCAGGGCCAUGGAACUUUUAAGUGGAGACACUGGGGCUGCGCGACAGACAAGGUGAUAAGCAAUCUGAAAGGGUUGUUUGAAAAGACGGAUGAGAUAGAUGGGUAUGACGAGCUGCCGGAAUCGUACAAGGAGAAACUGGACACCGCCUGGGAAGUCGGACAUGUUGCCGAUGAAGAUAUCCCAGAGUCAGCUCGUCUUCCGACGCCUCCGCCAAAAGGAUCAGACGAGGAGUCCGCAGAGCCGACCCCAAAGAAGAAGAAGCCGGCUGCGAAGCGGAAGCCCAAGGUCAAGAAGGAGGAGGAUGGUGAGGGAGAAGACGGAGAAGAGGGAGCCAAGGAUGAAGAGGAGGAGGAUGUGAAGCCAAAGCCAAAGGCCAAGGGAGCAAAGAAGGUGAAGGAAGAGGAAGGAGACGAGGAAGAAGGGGACGGCGAGAAGGUCGAAGAGGAAGAGGAAGAGGAGGAGAAGCCAAAGCCAAAGGCAAAGCGAGCGAAGAAGGUCAAGAAGGAGGAAGCCGACGAUGUAGCAAACGAGGAGGACUCGCCUGAGCCAAAGGCAAAGAGAGCCCGGAAGACACCAGUCAAGAAGGAGCCGUCAGCGAGUGAGGAGGAUGAAAAGCCAGUGAAGCCGAAAGCCAAGGCUGCGAAGAGGAAGUCUGCGGUCAAGAAGGAGGCGUCGGGAAGUGAAUCGGACGAGAAACCAGAUGUCGCAGCCAAGGCACCAGCUAGACCAAAGCGUGCUUCAGCUGCCAAGCGGAAGACUGUCGAGCCAGACUCUGCGUCCUCAGAGCUGUCAGAGGAGGACAUCAAGCCGGAGCAGGAAGACGAGGAGGAAAUGGAGGACGUGAAGCCCGCUAAGAAGAAGCCCGCCCCGAAAGCCAAGCGCGCGGCCAAGGCGAAGAAGGAGUAG